AUGCAUUUUAUCUCGUUUGCUUCAAAAUUUUGCUUGUUUAGGGAUUUGGGUAUAGGUGCGGAUACACAGGGUGAUGAAUAUCAGUUCGCGUACACCCUACCUUCCCAGUCCCAGGUGGAGGACAGCUUCAGUAAGCUCAUCAUCAAGGAGACCAACGAGAACAACAACCUAGAGGACAGGGAGCUCCAGUUUGAGGAUGAAGAGGAGGAAGGGGGCGGGGCUGGAAGGCUCCACCUACCCUCCAACAGCUGUGCCUACUGUGGUGUGCAUGAUCCCUCUACCCUUGUAAACUGUAAUAUCUGUAAACGUUGGUUCUGCAACAGUCGGGGAAAUACAUCCGGCAGCCAUAUUGUCAAUCAUAUGGUCAGAGCUAAACACAAGGAGGUGACCCUGCACAAGGACGGCCCCCUAGGAGAGACUGUGCUUGAGUGCUACAGCUGCGGGGUGAGGAACGUGUUCGUUCUCGGGUUCAUACCCGCAAAGGCGGACAGUGUAGUAGUUCUACUCUGUAGGCAACCCUGCGCUGCACAGAAUAGUUUAAAGGAUAUGAACUGGGAUCAGGAACAGUGGCGACCUCUGAUCUCUGACCGGCAGCUGUUGAACUGGCUGGUCAAGGUUCCCAGCGACGGAGAACAGCUCCGUGCUCGUCAGAUCACCGGCGCGCAGAUAAACAAAUUAGAAGAUUUAUGGAAGGAGAAUAUUGAUGCAGAGUUCCAGGAUCUAGAGAAGCCUGGAGUAGAUGAAGACCCUCAGCAGGUUCUCCUCAGAUAUCAGGAUGGAUACCAAUACCAGAAUAUAUUCGGUCCCCUCGUCAAACUAGAGGCCGACUACGACAAGAGGCUGAAGGAGAGCCAGACCCAGGACAAUAUCGAGGUCAGGUGGGACGUCGGCCUCAACAAGAAGAUAACGGCGUACUUCACAAUGGCCAAGAAUGACAGCGACCUACGCCUGAUGCAGGGUGAUGAACUGAGACUCAGGUAUUUGGGAGACCUUCAGAAGUCCUGGUCCGGAGUAGGUCACGUGAUUAAGGUUGCGGACAAUUUUGGAGAAGAUAUUGGAAUAGAGCUGAAGAGCAACCAAGGAGCUCCCACCACCUGCACGUCGAACUUCGUCAUCGACUAUGUCUGGAAGUCCACCAGCUUCGACCGGAUGCAGGCGGCUCUACGGAAGUUCGCCGUAGACGACACUAGUGUAUCCGCGUAUAUCUAUCACAGGCUUUUGGGACAUGACGUAGAUGAUGUUUUGUUUAGAACUCAUCUCCCUAAACAUUUCUCAGCUCCGAACCUUCCUGAUCUAAACAGAUCCCAGGUGUACGCUGUAAAGCAUGCCUUGCAGCGUCCCCUGUCCUUGAUCCAGGGACCUCCAGGAACUGGAAAGACGGUUACUUCUGCUACUAUUAUCUACCAGCUGGUUAAACUACACGGAGGGCCAGUUCUAGUCUGUGCGCCAUCUAAUACAGCUGUAGAUCAGCUUACAGAGAAGAUCCACAAAACCGGUUUAAAGGUUGUACGAGUAUGUGCCAAGUCUAGAGAAGCAUUAGACUCUCCUGUAGCUCAUCUAGCACUACACAAUCAGAUUAAAAACCUGGAGGGAACAGGAGAACUACAGAAGCUCCAACUACUCAAGGAUGAGACUGGAGAACUGUCAAGUAACGAUGAGAAGAGAUACAGGAUUCUCCGAAAGCAGAGUGAGAAGGAUCUGCUCGAUCUAGCCGAUGUAAUCUGUUGUACAUGUAUUGGAGCCGGAGAUCCCAGACUGGCCAGGAUGAAGUUCUCUUCUAUACUGAUAGAUGAGAGCAUGCAGAGUACUGAACCUGAAUGUAUGGUACCCGCUGUACUUGGGGCUAAACAGCUCAUAUUGGUUGGUGACCACUGUCAGCUUGGUCCUGUAGUUAUGUGUAAGAAGGCUGCCAACGGAGGACUGAGUCAGUCCCUGUUUGAGCGUCUUGUUGUUCUUGGAAUCCGUCCUUUCCGUCUCGAGGUUCAGUAUAGAAUGCAUCCUCAGCUCAGUAAGUUCCCAUCCAACUUCUUCUACGAGGGUUCGUUGCAGAACGGAGUAUCCGGUGAGGACCGGAAGCUGAAUGUAGAGUUUCCCUGGCCUCAACCUGAUAUACCCAUGAUGUUUUAUGUUGCAACAGGACAGGAGGAGAUCGCUGGAAGCGGAACCUCAUUCCUGAACAGGACUGAGGCGGCCAGCGUCGAGAAGAUCGCGACAAAGUUCCUCAAGGCCGGGAUUAAACCUGAACAGAUCGGCGUGGUCACUCCUUACGAGGGACAACGUAGUUUCCUGGUCCAGUAUAUGCAGUAUCAGGGUUCCCUCCACUCCAAGAUCUACCAGGAGUUGGAGAUUGCAAGUGUGGACGCGUUCCAGGGUAGAGAGAAGGAUAUCAUUAUUAUCUCCUGUGUUCGAUCUAACGAACAUCAAGGGAUAGGUUUCCUAGCGGAUCCAAGACGUCUGAACGUAGCUCUAACCCGGGCCAAGUAUGCUGUGAUUGUUGUAGGCAAUCCUAAAGUUCUCUCAAAGCAACCUCUAUGGAACCAUCUUCUCCACCAUUACAAAGAGAACAGAUGUCUUGUGGAGGGUCCCUUGUCCAACCUGAAGGAGAGCCUUAUGCAGUUCUCUAAGCCGAGAAAGCUUGUGAAUGCCAUGAACCCUGGGAGCCACUUCAUGAACACCGCCAUGUUUGACGCUAGGGAGGCAAUGGCGCCUGGUGGAGUGUACGACAGGAUAAGAGGAAGAAUUGAGACUAGACCCGGAGCAAGGACGGAUAUCAGACAUGAUCCUCUCACUUAUAUUGGACCUGACCGCCAAGCUACUCUACCUCCUAGCAACCUUCCAAUCCCUGUAGGAAUAUUCAUGAACAUGGCCCAUGUACCUCCCAGGUUCUAUAAUCAGCAUCAGCAGCAGUUAGCUCAGCAGCUAGAAGGACGGGCUCCACCCCCUACCAGUAGUAUGUGUAAUCUGUUAAUAUCUAGGUUCUAUAAUCAGCAUCAGCAGCAGUUAGCUCAGCAGCUAGAAGGACGGGCUCCACCUCCUACCAGUAGUACGGGUAAACGACAGAACAAGAAAGGAAAAGAUUCAUAUCUCUCCCAGGGUAGUCAAGAUAUCAGCCAAGGAUACAGUCAGGGUCCUCUAACCCAGGGGGGAUUAUCCCAACCUGGACUCUCUCUAUCACAAACUGGACUUUCACAGACUGAAUUCUCACAGGAUAGUUUAAUUGCUGGAGAUAUUCAUUCUCAGUUGGACGGUUUAUUAUCCCAGGAUUCAACAUAUCAGGGAGACAGGUUUGCAAGUCAGAGACAUCAGCAAUACCUUUCCCAGUUCUCACAGCAGUGAAGAGUUGAAGAGUGCUCCGGUUUACUGGCUCUAUAUAAGUUGAACCAGACUCAGGGUACAGGAGACAUCAGGAGCAUGGAGCGGGGUGCUUCCUAGGAACCUGAUCACGUGACAAUCCCCUGGACUGGCCGGAGGGAGGUUAACUCUUGCCUAUACCCUCAUGGGUCUUCAUGGCGGAGCGUUAAGGAGAAUAAUGCAUCGUGAAAUCAAAUUCAGAUUUAUCUUUGACAAAUCCUAAAUUUUGCUAUUAUUUUCUCCAUAUACUUAUAUUCACUUCUCCCUCUUUUAAUUUAAACUAAAAUUGGACAAACAUAAUAUAUAUUUUUAUUUUU